AGAGAGGGAGAGAGGAGGUGAGAGAGAAAGAGAGGGAGAGAGAGAGAGAGAGAGAAAGGAGACAGAUCGCAAGAGAGCAGAGAGCAGAGAGGAGAGCACCAAGCACCAGGAGGCCAGGCCUUCUACGCACACAAACUCCGAGAAAAUGCCCAACUUCGCCGGCACUUGGAAGAUGAAGAGCAGCGAGAAUUUCGACGAGCUCCUGAAGGCGCUCGGUGUGAACGCCAUGCUGAGGAAAGUGGCCGGGGCAGCGGCCUCUAAACCCCAUGUGGAGAUCCGGCAGAACGGCGACACUUUCUACAUCAAGACCUCCACCACUGUGCGCACUACGGAGAUCAACUUCACCGUCGGGGAGGAGUUUGACGAGGAGACGGUAGAUGGAAGGAAAUGCAAGAGUCUGCCCAUCUGGGAGACCGAGAACAAGAUCUACUGUAAGCAGACACUAAUAGAUGGGAACGGCCCCAAGACAUACUGGAGCAGAGAGUUGAAGGGCGAUGAGCUGAUCCUAAUCUUUGGGGCCGACGAUGUCGUCUGCACACGGAUUUACAUGCGGGAGUGAAGGCACAUGAGGGAGGGGCCUCCUCGUGGGACGCGGGCGGGGGCAUCGCCGCCCAGCUGUGUGCACCUGCCCCCCCCCCCCCCCCCCCCCCACCUCCCCACUUCUUCCUCCUCCCUCUCCCUCCACCCAAAAACACAAUCUUUUCCCGAGGCUGCAUGCAAGCAUCCAAAAAGCGCACCACCACCCAGCCUGCUGUUGUGACUGUGACUUUCAGUGUAAGCCUCCAUUCCUGUCACCCGCAAAUACCCCCCCCCCCCCAAUACGAAGCCUGUCCUUUUUCUAUGUUAGAUUGCUGUUGUUUGUCAGUAUUGAGAGUAAUAAAACAGGAAUCCAAUGGU